UGUAUAGUAGGCGUAUGCAGGAAGCACAGAACAAAUAGAAUUGGGAUUGGGAGUGUGAACGUGAGAAGAAAAGCAGUGACAGCAAUGCGUGCCGUGGUUCAGCGCGUGGCCUCUGCAUCCGUCGAGGUCGAAGGCCGCGUCGUAUCGGAGGUUGGCCCCGGCCUUCUCGUCCUUGUCGGAAUCCACGACUCUGAUUCCGAUUCCGACGCCGAUUACAUAUGUCGAAAGGUCUUGAAUAUGAGGCUGUUCCCAAAUGAAAAUACAGGCAAAGCAUGGGACCACAGUGUAAUGCAGAAAAAUUAUCAAGUUCUACUAGUGAGUCAGUUUACCUUGUAUGGAUUCCUGAAGGGUAACAAACCGGAUUUUCACGUUGCAAUGGCGCCACAGAUAGCCAAGCCCUUCUAUGCUUCUUUAGUUGACAGGUUUAGGAAUGCCUAUAACCCUGAUGCAAUCAAGGAUGGUGUAUUUGGAGCGAUGAUGAAGGUAAAUUUGGUUAAUGAUGGACCCGUUACCAUGCAGCUUGAUUCACAAUCACCCAAGAAUACUGUUGAUGCAUCAGAAUCUUGAUCAGUGGUUGAUCUGGCUUGAUGAAAAUGAAUUUGAAUUCUAACCCUUUUUGUCAGCAACACCAAAUGUAAGACGUUAUUUUUAUUGUUCAAUCUAUUUAAAGCUCUUUCACCCCCAAUGUAAUAACCUUACUAUUUUGUAACACUAUUCAGCUCAAAGAAUGCCUAAGUUUGUCCUUGUCCGUUCUGCGAUUUGGAAAUAGAGUUUGAAUCCUACAGGCCACUAAGAUUAAUCUAGUAAUAGGGAUUUAAGUAUAUUAUAUUAAG